AUGGCUCCUUUGCAGAAAGCGAUCGCGGUGUACGGAGCCACUGGUGUCCAAGGAACGGCCAUCGCCCUCUCUCUUCUCAAGAGCCAGCAGAACUUUGUCGUCCGGGCAUUGACCCGGAAUCCUCAGUCGGAGAAGGCAAAGGAACUAGCCCGCCUGGGUGCUGAAGUGGUCAAGGCCGAUGGAUUCAACGACAAUGAUAUGAAAAGUGCUCUGUCUGGUGCCUGGGGCUUCUGGCUCAACACUCACCAUCAUGACCCAGCAGUGGAGCAACCUGGUGGUCCAACGGACGAAGAUCUCGGCAACCGACUUGUCGAAAUCGCGGCCGCAGCAGGCGUCAAGGUCUUUAUUUACAGUACCUGCGAGUCGCCUGCGUUGUUCACCAAAGGCGUCGUGCCUGUGCCUGGCAUGGAUGCCAAGCACAGGGUCGAGAUGUAUGCCAGAACCUUUAAGGAAUUCGAUUCGGUCAUUGGAGCCUUCCCAGGGUGGUAUUUCGAGAACUACAUCACCCCCGAGUAUGCCCAGGCCUUUGGUGGAUUUCCCAUGUUCCCUGACAACGAGGGCUACCUAACCUGGAGCGCCCCCCUGGUGGGCGGCGAAGGCAAAGUCCAGACCGUUUCCAUCAAGGACGAUUUUGGGGAGAUGGUGCACGGCAUGUUCCUGAACCCAUUGAAGUGGAAGAACCAAACCAUCCAGUGCGUGAGUGACGCGUUCACCUAUGAUGACAUGGUGAAGACUUUCACCGAGGUUACCGGCAAAAAAGCGCGUCACGUACCUCUGGCCUCAGCAGAAGAUCUUCCUGCUCAUGGGAACAGUGUGAUGAUUGAGUUGCAGGACGUCUUCCGGUGGACUCAGAACAACAAUGGUUGGUUCUUUGGCAAUCCCGAUGAUUUCGAGACUUGCCAGUCUCUGAAGGACGAGGCCCGCCGGGACAAGGGUCUCGAGCCGGAGCCGGUUAUCUCCAUGACUAAGUACUUUAUCAAGCACUAUGGUCCCAACUAGGUCGAUGGUACGUGGGUUUGGCUGUCGUGGUCUAUUCUAGUUGGGAAUUGACGAGAGAUCGAAUGGCCGCUCCACGAUACUAGCAGUAUAUAGAAUCACGAUUAUGCUUCGAAUCACGCGUAUUAGGCACCGAGCCAUUGCUCUUUAGUAAGAUUCAGGCGUGCGCUGAGAAUUCCAGAUUUGAGGCACCUGAUAGUAGCAAAGACAACAUUCUUUGAUAGCGCUAAAUGGGAAGGGAAAG